AUGAACAAGCUUCAUCAUUCAUGGCAAUUCUUCUUUAUCCUCAUAAUGUUCAUCCUCUGUGGACUCUAUAGAGCCAUAACCUUUAUUUCAACCAAAGUAGCCAAAUCCACCAACACCAAAGUCACCAACCCGACCCCGAUUUCGUUAGAGGUCAAGGUCAGACUUCCCACCCGGGUCAUCUUUGGAGAUGAUCAGACCCUUCGAAGAUUUGAUCCCUCCGAGCUUGUUCAGUUGCCUAAGAACAGGCUCGGAGAGGGAUCGUUAGGGACGCUUUACAAGGUCGUCCUUGAUUGCGGAUUGACGAUUACGAUAAGGAGAAUACGUAAAGAGAUUACUAGUGUGGGUGAUUUCGAGUAUUGGGUCAGGUUUUUUGGUGGUGUUUGUGACGACCAUUGGUUGUUGCCGAUGUGGUUUGGUUUUUGGUAUGGUCGGGAAGCUUUUGUUAUUCAUGAGUACUUGUGUUUAGGCAGCUUGGAGGAGCUCUUGCAUGGCAGCGAAGGCGUUCAAUUUACGCCCUUAAGUUGGAAAAUCAGGCAGCAAAUAACGCUAGGGGCAGCAAAAGCAGUAGCAUCGAUUCACAGUCGAUUUACAGAAACCGGUGAACCUCUUGUUUGUGGGGUGAUCAAGUCUUCUAACUUCCUGCUACAAGCCGACUUCUCCCCUCGCCUUUCCAGCUACGAGACACCAUACUUUAUCUCUCCAUCUACAAUCAUCAGAAGAAACUGCGGCCGAAUGGCGCCCGAAUUAACAAGGACACGCCGUAUCUCCAAGUCUUUUACUCAAGCGUCAGAUGUCUACAGUUUUGGGAUUCUGAUGUUGGAGCUUAUAAGCGGGAAGAAACCUUCGGUGACUAACCUGGGACAAUAUGUAGCGGAGAAAAGAAAGAGAGAGGGGCCGAAGGGGGUUCCUGAUAAAAGAAUGUCGGAUGUCACUGAAAAUGUUUCGCUUAUGAUCAUUAUCGCAGGGCAUUGCCUCUCGUCUGAUCCGAAGCAACGGCCUUCGAUGGGACGCAUAGUGGAGAUGAUUCAAGCAGCUCUUGAGUAA